CGAUGGGUUAAAUGUUUAUUGUUUGUUUUCAAAAUGCUGCAGUCAAAUCGUGUACUUCAAAAAGAACAAGCUGAAUUAUUUUCUAUUCAAAAGAAACUCGAGCGAGUUCUUCCCGUCAUCCAGGAGGCCUUAAAUUCACUAAAGGUGGAGGAACUGCAUCUGAAGUCGCAGGUGGUGGGCAUGCAAAGCACUGCAGUGGAAUGCACUCCUGCCAGAGAUCCCCUCCAUAUAGACCCCACAGAGCAGCCCUCGAGCACAAUCACAUCCGCCAUGGACUCCCAGCAGAUCAAUAGCCAGCAAAUAGAUCUGGAACUCUAUAGCCAAAUCAGGCAGUUCGAUGAGGAAAUCGACUCGGACUAAAACGUUUAUUUUGGGUAGCAUCUUGGCCAGGACCACGUACAUUUAGGGGCCUUAAAUAAUAAUUACAAUACAUU